AUGCAUGCUAAGCCAACAGUUGAUGUUCACGGAUGGUCAGUGCUUCACUACGCUUGCAGGUCCGUCAAUGAAACAAUGGAAAAGGUGCAGUUCCUGGUGGACACUGUGAAGGUGCCAGUCGAUACAAGAGACGAGGAUGGAAGAACGGCACUGUAUCCAGCAGUGCAGAGAGGUGAUGCAGAGGUGGUGGAGUUCCUGGUAGAAAGGGGGCUGAGUAUAAGGGACAGGGACAAGGAUGGCAACACAUAUCUACAUGCAGUAUUUCAAAUGUCCAUCCAUGAUGAAAUGCUGACGUUCCUUUUCAAGGCCAACUUGGCUCCAGACUUGUACAACACACGUGAUGGAAGAACACCACUGCAUCUGGCAAUAGAUUCAAGACUAAGGUAUUUCUCUGAAGACCAUUUGGUCACUUUGAUUGACAGAACUUCCAAUAUCAAUCACAAAGAUUCCGAAGGAAGGACGCCUCUUCAUAUGGCAGCAUACCGUGACGCCAGUUGGGUUGUGAAGCGACUCCUCGGAAAAGGAGCUGACAAAGAGAUAAAGGAUUCAAAAGGAUGUAAAGCUAUUGAUUUGGUGCCUGAAGAUGGAAGUGGCGAGACGAAAGCCCUUUUGUGUCCUGAAAUACCGACCCCUGAAAUUGUACACAGCGGACAGGGUGCGUCUCCAGAAGACUAA